AUGAUGUAUCAGGGCUUCACCGCUGACUACGAUGCGUCUUCCUCACGCUGCAGCAGCGCUUCUCCGGCUGGGGACAGCCUCACCUACUAUCCAUCCCCAGCGGACUCUUUCUCCAGCAUGGGCUCGCCUGUCAACGCACAGGACUUCUGCACCGACCUAUCUGCUUCCAGUGCCAAUUUCGUCCCCACCGUGACUGCCAUCUCCACAAGCCCAGACUUGCAAUGGAUGGUCCAACCCACCCUUAUCUCUUCAGUGGCUCCUUCCCAGAACCGAACCCAUCCCUACGGCCUCCCUGCUUCUUCAGCCACCGCCUACGCCAGGGCCGGCAUGGUCAAGACUACGGGAAGCAGAGGGCAAAGCAUUGGCAGGAGGGGCAAAAUUGAACAGCUGACGCCAGAGGAGGAGGAAAAAAGAAGGAUCCGGCGGGAGAGGAACAAGAUGGCAGCUGCUAAAUGCCGCAACCGGAGGAGGGAGCUGACUGAUACCCUGCAAGCGGAGACCGAUCAGCUGGAGGAAGAGAAGUCCGCGCUGCAAACCGAGAUCGCCAACCUGCUGAAGGAGAAGGAGAAGCUCGAGUUCAUCCUGGCCGCCCACCGCCCGGCCUGCAAGAUCCCGGAGGAGCUCCAGUUCUCCGAGGAGCUCGCCAUCUCCUCGCUGGAUCUGCUGGCCGACGCGCCCGUGGCCAGCUCCCCCGAGUCCGAGGAAGAGGCCUUCGCCCUGCCCCUGCUGCACGAGCCCCCCCAGGCCGAGCCGGCCAAGGAGAGCGGCGGCCCGGAGCUGAAGGCCGAGCCUUUCGACGACUUCCUCUUCUCGCGCUCCACCCGCGAGACGCCGCGCUCCGUGCCGGACGUGGACCUCUCCGGCUCGUCGUCUUUCUACGCGGCGGACUGGGAGCCCCUGGGGGCGGCGGGCAACGCGGAGCUGGAGCCCCUGUGCACCCCGGUGGUGACCUGCACGCCCUGCCCCAGCACCUACACCUCUUCCUUCGUCUUCACCUACCCGGAGACCGACUCCUUCCCGAGCUGCGCCGCCGCGCACCGGAAGGGUAGCAGUAGCAACGAGCCUUCCUCCGACUCGCUCAGCUCGCCCACCCUGCUGGCCUUGUGAAAGGGCCGCAUCCGGGAGAAAUAACCGCAGGGUCAAGGGGCCAUCGCCGCGGCGGAGACCGUGCCCCUCAUCCUCUUUGCUGCUGCUGCUGCUGCCUGCAUGGGGCCUUAGGCCGCGAAGGAGCUACUCUCCUCUUCCGGUGGAGCUGCGAGAUCUCACCCGAGGCCCGGGGAAGACAAAACGCCUCUGUUCCGGCGGCUGGCAGGGGCAUCCCAUCUGGAGUGGAAUGACUUUGUUGCUAAUGGACUGCUCUGCAGCCAGCCUGUCUGCCAUCGGGCCUGAUACCUCUUCCAGAGAUGUAGCAAAAUCGCAUGGAAUUUUUGUCUUGUCCCCCACUCAUGAGAACCGGUAGUUUUUGUAGCAUGUUCAACAUGGCUGGGUUGGUGACUUCCCCUCCUUCCCCUUCCUUUAAUAUUCACUAGCAUUAACUAAUUAAUCUGUUGGUUUAAAUGAUUGGAAUUUUAAUAUGGUGCUGGGUAUCUUCAACUCGUAUCUAGUGCAGCUGAUUAACAAUAACUACUGUGUUCCUGGCAAUAUUGUGUUUUUGAUGACUUAGCAAUGACCCAACUUUAAACUGCGGAAAAAAGAAGAGACUAUUUUAUUUUCUAGUAGAUGAAUAAAUAGCUGUAUUGUCCAUGUACUAUAGUUCUCCGUGUACAUCAAUGUUCAU